AUGAGGUUCUACUCGCAGUCCUUCUUGUACGACGAUCCCUGGUCCAUCGUCUCAUAUGCGUUCUUCAUGAGAUACCCCAACCCCCUCGCCUCUCACAUCCUCUCGUGCGACGUCAUUUCUCGAACGUUCAACCCGUCGGGCACGCUGUCGACCACCCGUCUCAUUCUCAAGAGCGGUGCACUGCCAAGAUGGGCACCGAAGGGCAUCGUAUCGCGCGCAGAGUCGUGGGUUAUUGAGGAGAGCGAAGUAGACCCAGCUGGUCGAGUUGUGCGCUGUAUGACCAGGAACUUGGACCAUGUGAAGGUCUUGCAUGUGGAAGAGCGCAUCGUCUUCCAGGCAGUAGAUGACGGCAAAACCCAACAGACCACCGAAGCCCGGUUUGUGUCGAACUUCGGAUGGGGUUUGACCAAAAAGAUCGAGACGCACGGACUGACGAAGUUCAAGGCCAACAUACAGAGGUCUCGUCAAGGCUUCUCGAUGAUCCUGGACCUUAUCCGCCAGUCGCGUAUGCAGCCCAUGGCCAUGGGCUCGUCUGACUCCUAUACCCCAUCCCGCUUCCUCUCCCCUUCUUCUGACGUUCGGGCCCCUGCUGACAAGGCAGAAGAGCGUCCGCUUGGGUUGAGGGGUGGUGGCUCGUGGCUGAGCCUGAGGUCCUGGCGGCGAUCCUCGUAA